GUGCCAGGCACAAAAGUUUUUAAAAGAGGGACUUUUCUCAUUUCUCUUUUCUUUGUGGUGUCUGUGAUUCUGCAGCGUGUCUUGGUUUCGUCAAGUCCUAACGCAAAUGGUUUCAUAUUCUUUUCUUUAUCCGUCUUGGUGCGCCCGUAUCAGGGUUGUGCUCUGAGUUCUUGAAGGAAAAUUGGGUUGUUCUCAGAGAGCUUUCACGUGAUUACUUGAAGUUUGGAGAUGAUAAUAUAAUCACAUACCUGUUCGUAAGUAAUUGUAAAUUUUAAAGAGGGUUCCUUUUUCUUUCUUGGAGAUGCAAAGAUGGGAAAGAGUGGAAAGAUCUCUCAAUACAGAGAGAGGCUGGACCAGACACUGGCAUCCCCUGAACUGACAAAUCUUGACGCACUUAAAACCCUUAUCAGGAAUCAACUUGUUCACUCUUCGCUUGAUGAAACCGAAGGAUGCAGCGACAAUUUAAUAGAAAAUAGAACUAAACAUGUAUCCUCUUUUCUUGACAUGUUGAGGAGUGCUUCUAUAAGUGAAAAUGAGGUGUCAAGAACCAGUGAGACAUCACAUGAUGGAUGGAAAAUAAAAGAGGAUCAUGAAGAGUUCCGUGUUAUGUAUCGCCCAGGACCUGAGGGUACUCCCUUUCAUUCAUUACUUGUCGAAGGUUAUGUUGAUGGAACUGUCGAUACUUGCUUAUGCGUCUCUUGGGAGGCGACACUCUACAGGAAAUGGUGGCCCCAGCAUAGCUUCCCACCUUUUAAAAUCACCAUUUGCGAAUGCUUGCAAAAGAUCCGGAUCAGUGAACAGAUAUCUCUAGUGAGGGUGAAGGUUACAUGGCCGAUGACGGCUAGGGAGGCUGUUGUGCACUAUGUUUUGUUUGAAUACCUCCAAGAUGGUCUGGUUGUUGUUAUCAUAAGCACGAUCUCGGAUUUGGAGGGCAUUGAUAAAAAUACCCAUGGGUUUUCGAAAGAUGGAAUCCCUGAAGCAAAGGAUGUGGUAAGGAUUGAUAUGAUGGGUGGCUUUGCCAUCCAAAAAGUGACCCCAGAAAGAAGUUAUUUUCGGACAAUAGCAAAUAUGGAUUUGAAGCUGGAUUUUGUCCCUCCAUCUCUCAUGAACUUCAUCACAAGGCAGCUCGUUGGAAAUGGUUUCAGACUCUAUCAGAAGGCAGUGGCUUCUGCGUCUAACCAUGAUGAAGACUACAGCAAGGCUUUGGAAGCUCCAAUGUAUGCUCGAAUACGCGAGGUUCUUUAUUCUACUGAAAACGCAAAUGAGGCCAUGGAAUGGAAAGAGCCUAAAGCUGAUGCUUGCCUUCUACAGCAAGAACAUUCCCCUGAAGAUAUAAAAGAUAACUUGGGAGAUGUUGAACUGAAUAUUCUUGGAGACAAUGAUGCAAGUGAAGCUUCUCCAGAAAAUGCACAAGUUGUGGUAAACAAAUCCUUUGGUGAGAUCAAGGAAGAAAAUAAUCAAGAAAGCAGACACUUGAACGAUGAAAGCUUGGGAGUUAUGGAACUGAAUAUUCAUGGAGAUGAUGGUGCAAGCGAAGCUUUUCCAGACAAUGCACCAGUUAUGGACAAUAAAUCCUUUCGUGAUAUCAAGGAAGAAAAGAAUACCGAAAGCAGACACUUGAAGGAUGGAAUGCGAGGGAUGGAGCACAGAGUUCAUUGUAAUGGCCAUGGAAAUGAAAGUUGGGGAAACAUUGCACUGACUACAGGUAGGGAAACUUUUAUUGAGAUUGAGGAAGAAGAAAGUGAAGACAGCAGACGACUAAUGAGGGAUUGCAGAGUUAUAGGUCAACCUUCAAGCAAUAAUAUUUCCCUGAAGAGUCCUGGAAACUGUACAAGGAAUAUACGUAUCAGUUCUGAUGUAGGGAGAGCUUUAGAAACUCUAGAGAAGGCCAUUUCUAUGGUCCGGGAAUACGGUAAUUCUCUAACCAGGUCUUUCUCUAGAAAAACAAAUGAAGAAAAUAAAAACCUUGAAAAGGAUGCAGAAAAUGAUCCAACUCAUUUACAAGACAGUGGAGGCCGUUCAAAUGCUGAGGUCUCUGUUGAAGCAUCCAAUAAAGGAAAACGUGUAGGGAGGAGUUCUUCUAGGAAUAGCUUCAGCAACCGUGAAAUCAGGCGUGCAGGUUCAAGGGAAACAAGCCAUAACAAGAUAACGCCUGCAUCACCAGAUCAAUACAUUUCAAUUCCUAGUGAAACUAACCAUGUUGCUUUAUGUUCUUCUGAAAAUGGGAAAGAUGAAACAACAGAGGUACCUGCUAUGGACCUAACCACGCAAGGCCACACGCAAAUGAGCCUUGAGGUAAAUGGCAUCCAUGAAAAUGUUUUCAUUGAAGGGAAGAAACUUACUCGGCAAACAAAUUAUAGAUACUGUUGCUUUGGUUCCAGAUACGAGUAGAUGUUACAGUGAGAUAAGAAUUGAGAUAACCAAAGAGGUCGAAGAUUUAGUGAUCAACUCAAUACAUUUGUUGUAUUCAAAGCUAUACUAUGACAGUGGAUUUGUAUCACCUUGUACUGAUGAUACAUGUACCAAUGUAUAAUUGUUCCUUAUUUGUCAAAGACGUAUCAAUAGUGAGUUUUUCUUUCCUUUAUUGUUUUUAGCAAA